UCACGCGUUCUGGGGAUUGUACUUGGAGACUAGAGAGGAGCACUUUACCGUUUCAUCCUGCAGAGUUGAAAGCAAACUCUCACCCAGCUGGCUUGCUUUUGCCUUUUCAAGUGCGGAGCCGCUUGCAGAAAACGCACUCAUCCUCGGAGGCUGGCAGAGAGUCGUGCGUAAAGACACUCCAAGUCGGUUUUACGCACCGGAGCAAAAGAGAAUCAGCGGUAGUUUUUUUCUGUGCACUUCUCUCAGUUGAAAGACUUUGAUCAAACUCAUCCUGGCAAGGUAAAGUCCAUUUAGAGACUUUUCCUCUCGCGAGAAAGCAGAAAUAGCUUCCCGGUUUCACGCGUAAUUUGGCACCAAACAGUUUUUCGUAUGAAUCUCCUCGACCCUUACCUGAAGAUGACGGAGGAACAAGACAAGUGUCUCUCUGAUGCCCCGAGCCCGAGCAUGUCCGAGGACUCUGCGGGCUCCCCAUGCCCGUCCGGCUCGGGCUCCGACACCGAAAACACCCGGCCGUCUGAGAACGGGCUGCUAGGUGUGGACGGAGAGUUCAAGAAGGACGAGGACGAUAAGUUUCCCGCUUGCAUCCGCGAGGCUGUGUCCCAGGUGCUCAAGGGCUACGACUGGACCCUCGUGCCUAUGCCAGUGCGCGUUAACGGAUCUUCUAAGAACAAGCCUCACGUUAAGAGACCGAUGAAUGCCUUCAUGGUGUGGGCUCAGGCUGCGCGGAGGAAGCUGGCUGAUCAGUAUCCACACCUGCAUAACGCGGAGCUCAGCAAAACUCUGGGGAAACUCUGGAGACUUCUCAAUGAAGGAGAGAAGCGGCCGUUUGUGGAAGAGGCUGAGCGGCUCCGGGUUCAGCACAAGAAGGAUCACCCCGACUACAAAUACCAGCCCAGGCGGAGGAAGUCUGUGAAGAACGGACAGAGCGAGUCGGAGGACGGCAGCGAGCCGACGCACAUUUCCCCCAAUGCCAUCUUCAAAGCUCUCCAGCAGGCGGACUCCCCAGCCUCCAGCAUGGGAGAAGUGCACUCUCCUGGUGAGCACUCAGGCUCCCAGGGCCCCCCUACCCCUCCCACCACCCCAAAGACUGAUGUCAGCUCAGGCAAGAUGGACCUAAAGCGUGAAGGUGGCCUCCGCUCUCUGCCCGAUGGCCCUGGCGGGCGCCAGCUCAACAUUGACUUCCGCGAUGUGGACAUCGGUGAGCUGAGCAGUGAUGUCAUCUCCCACAUUGAGACCUUUGACGUCAACGAGUUCGACCAGUACCUCCCACCCAAUGGGCAUCCGGGCUCUGCUAGCGGCCCUGGCAACACCACGCCAGUCACCUACACUGGCAGCUACAGCAUCAGCAGUGGCGCCCCGGUCAGCCCGCAGACAGGAGCUGCUGCAGCCUGGUUGGCCAAAAGCCAAAACCAGCAGGGACAGCAGCAACAGCACACUCUGACCCCCCUGGGGAGCAGUGGAGGCUCUGAGGCAGCUCAGGCCCAGCACAGGACCCAGAUCAAGACGGAGCAGCUGAGCCCGAGCCACUACACCGAGCAGCAGGGCUCCCCGCAGCACGUCACCUACAGCCCCUUCAACCUGCAGCACUACAGCCCCCCCUCCUCCUACCCGGCCAUCUCCAGGGCGCAGCAGUAUGACUACCCCGACCACCAGGGGGGCAGCACCGCCGCUGCCUCCUACUACAGCCAUGCGGGGGCGGGGCAGGGCUCAGGGCUGUACUCGACUUUCAGCUACAUGAGCAGUCCCAGCCAGAGGCCCAUGUACACGCCCAUAGCCGACAACACGGGGGUGCCCUCCAUCCCUCAGAGCAGCCCACAGCACUGGGAGCAGGCUCCGGUUUACACCCAGCUCACCAGACCCUGAGCCGCCCGGCAGACUGAGAGACAACAAACAAUGACAUGUACAGCCACACAGAUCUGACGUACACUCCAGAACACUUUACUGCAGGGAGAGUUCCUCCUCCAGAUCUGCUCCCUGAAUCAGACACUUGAAUACGAAGAAGAGGAGAGCUGGACUUGUGAUUGGCUCACGGCGUGCCUUGCUAUUGUAUCUUGAUAGAAACUAUAUAUAUAUUUUUAGAGAGAUGAAGAGACUUAGGAUAUUCCUCUGUGAGGACUUAUUGAUUGUUGAUAUUUCAGUAGGUACUGUGUAUGUUUCUCUUUGGUUUAUUCCUUCAUACGCUGGCAGUUUGUAACCCAUGGGGUUUGGGGUGGGGGGAGGGUAAUUAUUUGUACCUGUAGAUAAAACAAAAAGCUUUAUAUUUUAAACAGUUCAGCAACUAACCACUCCUGGUUGUGCCGUAUCUGGUUCUCUGUUUUCAUACAAUGAUUUCCGCUUUUUUUUUUUUGUUGUGUUUGUUGCUUACUCUUUCCUGUGCCAUCCAGCAAGUAUGGUUUGUAUUUAAGCGGUUACGCUGUUGAUUUGUUUCCUCAAGUAAUGUGUCAUGAUCUUUGGAAAAGCUAUUAGGCAAUACAGAGAGAGAGAGAGAGAGAGAGAGAGAGAGAGAGAAAGAGAGAGAGAGACUGGGUUUCACAAUGCUGUGCUGUCUGCAGCCCAUUCCACCAUCCGUGCCUUGGAUUUUUACAUUUUCUCGAACUUUUUGUAUAUGUGUGUGUGUGUGUGUGUGUGUGUGUGUGAUGGCCACAGCUGAGAUUACACUUACCGUCCAACAGUGUGUGUUUGACAGCUACAGGAAGUCACCUUUGACCCCUCGGGUGUCCCCCCCCUGCAGUCUUCCGCCAUGCUGGUGUCCAAAACACUCCCUUCACCCUCCCCUCUGGUCAAACCCAGUUUAAAACUUUAUUUAUUUAUUAGCUUUAAUUUUAUUUCAAAGUAAUUAUUUUGCAUACUAUUCUUAUAACUAAUGAAUUGUCCUCUUUGCAAUGUAGGCGGCAUAUAAUUUCCCCUUUUUAAUUUUUUUUUUUUCAGCCCAGGGGGUACUUAGACAAAAUGUUAAAGCUGUUAUCGUCUUUUUUUGUUUAUUUAUCUUACCUAAAUGUCUAUUUUAAGUAUGUAUUUGCCUUUUUCUGAGGGUCGGGGAGGGAUUAUCUAACGAAUUGUGUACGGAUUAUUUGUUAUUUGUGAAUUUUCUUUGAGUUGAACUUUAAACUAUGGCUGAAAGAACUGGAAAUGUUAUCUCAGUUACAAGGUUUUUGCAGUUUUUCUGUUGGGCUUUUUUUGUUUGUGCGAUCGCCAGAGAGGGACCGUCCAUCCUUUCUGCUCUACAAGCUCCAUUUCCUUUUCUUUCAAUAUCAAAAGAACUGAUGUUCCCAAUACUCUUUUUUUCUUCUGUGAUCUUGCCAUGUAUUUGUACUGUCUUUAAAGAAUCUUUUGUAUAUGUAUUUGCAAUAAAAAUGA